AUGGGCUGGGCCCUGCACAGGCCACGAGCAGGAUCCGUUAGAUUCACUGACAAAGUUAAGAAAUAUCUAACUGCAAAGUUUGACCUAGGGGAACAAUCAGGGCUAAAAGCUGACCCUCAGCAAGUCUCAAAUGAUAUGCGCAAGACAAGAGAUGAGCAGAAUAGAAGGUUGUUUGAACGAGACGAGUGGUUGACCAAGAGCCAAGUACAGGGUUUCUUUUCUCGCCUUGCAGCAAGCAGAAGAAGGCAACAAGCACACUCAGAAAUCGAGCACAAUCCAAAGGAACUAUUUCUAGAGGAAAAAGAAGCUGAAAGACAACAGCUGAUGGCGCACAUUUCUAACGAACUGAGGCCGCAACACCCUCUGUCUUACGACGCCUUUAACUUGUGCGAGUGUGCGAGAGAUAAUAAGCUGAGUCUUUUUAAUGUUUCACUGCUUAAAGAAAUCUUGCGCUUUUUUGAAGUACCAUUUAAAUCAAGAGACAGGAAAAAAGACCUGAUUGAACAACUGAUGUCCUUUAUACAAGAAUGGAAAUCGGUGAAGGGCCGAAAUUUGCCUUAUCCGUUCUUACGCGGACAGCCUCUUAUCAAGAGAUUCCGCCAAAAGUGUGAACUGCUCCUUGAUGGACCGUUAAAAGCUCGAGACGGCACUCAAAAAUGCAAAUAUGUGCUACUAUGGUCAGGCGAUUACGGAAUAGACUUAUUUAACACUUGGUCGCUAACCGAAGACCAACAAAAAGACCUGAAAGAAUACUGGAAAAGAUUCGAAGACCAUGUUAAACCACAAGCAAACCAUAUCUUGAACAGAUAUUAUCUACGAGGUCUGAAACAGAAUAAUCGUCCCCUAGCCACCUUCCUGACUGAAGCAAGGCUACUCAUACAGAGCUCAGGUUACCCACCUGACUUACAUGACGAACUCAUGCGUGACACAUUAGUUUUCGGCACCGAUUCGGAAGAGGUCAGACGAAAAUGCAUUGCCCGCGGUAAUGAAUUAACCUUUGCAAGGGCAAAAGAAAUUGCACGAACUGAUGAGGCUACCCAGAUGCAAUUAAAAGCAAUGAGUGACACUACAAACCCAAAGCAAGAAGAAAGGGAAGUCAAUGCAAUCAGCAGAGGAAACAAGCCCAGAAACCAGCCCCACCAAAGGUACACCAGUGGUAGAGGAAACAGACGACGUGACAACAACCUAAGACAGUGCUACAGAUGUGGAGACACACCACACACCAAAGACCAGCAGUGCCCAGCCACUGGAGUAGAAUGCUUCAACUGCAACAAACGCGGUCAUUUUAGCAAAGUUUGCAAGUCUAAAACAAGGUCAGAUGUGAUGACCCUACAAAAAGAACAACCUGAUGGUGUAACAAGUGAAUGCACAAGCUACGACAAAGUCUUCCUGGGAACACUAGAAGCCCGAGACAGCCCCAGUACCUCAAUGAUCGCAAGCAUUGAACAAAAAGAAAAACAACGCACCAAAGUCAUGACUGAAAUACAAGUCACGGUAGACCCCCAUGAUACACACCUGAUACCUAUUAUCUGCAAGGUCGACACUGGUGCAGAAGUUAAUGUCAUCUCCAAAGACGACUAUGACAGACUCAACCGCAGUUCCCAGCAGAUACCCCUUGGCCCAACACACCACAGGAUUACUGCGUAUGGAGGCCACGCCAUCAAGACCCUUGGAACCUGUCCACUAUACAUCCAUCAAAAUGGCAGCAUUAAAGAAGUCGUUUUCAAUGUUACUGACGUACCAGGACCUACAAUGCUUGGCUGUAAAACCUGCGAGGAACUUGAGCUGGUAAAAUUUAAUUGCAGCCUAGAAACCUCCAAAGAAGACAAAGAGACCCGCCUUAAAGAACACAGACCAUGCAAACCGCACCAAAGGACCAGCAGAUACCCUAGCCGUCUAGACACUGAAAUAUACCCCCCACUGGACAGGAUAACCUUCUUCAACAACUUCGGAGACUGCUUUGAAGGCCUGGGAACCUUCAAUAUGAAACCUUAUCACAUCACCCUAGACUCCAAUGCUGAACCUGUCAUCCACGCACCACGUACCGUACCAGUACACCUUCGAGACAUGUUUAGAAAGGAAAUCAACACCAUGGUAGAACUUGGAGUGCUCAUACCCGUAAGCGAACCCACAGACUGGGUUAAUAGCAUCGUCCUCUCUGAAACAACCAACGGCAAAGGAGAAGUCACCAAAAUCAGAGUCUGCCUCGAUCCACGUGACCUAAAUAAGGCAAUAAAACGCGAACACUACUACACCAAAACAAUUGAUGAGGUAGUCACACAGCUUAGUGGUGCCAAAUUCUUUAGUGUAGUUGAUGCCAAAAAGGGCUACUGGCAUGUACCAUUAGACGAAGCCAGCUCCUACCUGACUACUUUCAACACCCCGUUCGGGAGAUACCGUUUCACCCGGCUUCCCUUUGGCCUUAUUGUAUCACAAGAUGUGUUCCAGAAACACUUAGAUUCAGCACUGGAGGGCCUGAAAGGAGUCACCGGCAUUGCAGACGAUACAUUCAUAUACGGAGCUACAGAGGAAGAGCACGAUGCGAACAUGGUAAACCUCAUGAUCAGAUCCAGGGAAAGGGGAAUCAAAUUCAACAAAGACAAAGUACAGCUCAAAUGUCAGGAAGUCAGCUUUUUUGGCCACAAAUGGACCCAGGAUGGAAUCAAACCAGAUGACAGUAAGAUAUCUGCAAUCCAGAAGAUGACCCCACCUGAGAACCGCAAAGACCUCCAAAGCUUCUCAGGCCUCGUAAACUACCUUACAAGAUACUCAGGGCGAUUGGCUAGCCUCACAGCACCACUGCGAGAACUUACCAAGAAGGACACCGCAUAUGUAUGGGGACCUGAACACGACGACUCAUUCAACCAAGUCAAACAGGAAAUCACAUCAAUGGGAGUCCUCAGAUACUUUGACCCAAACAUCGAGUCUGUCAUUCAAACUGACGCUUCCCAGAAGGGAGUAGGCGCCGUCCUUUUGCAGCAGGGGCAACCUGUAUGCUAUGCCUCCAAAGCACUUACAGACACAGAAAAAAACUACAGCAACAUUGAGAGAGAAACACUUGGUGUAGUAUGGGGCCUAGAGAGAUUUAACUACUACAUUUUUGGGAAGCACUGUACAGUAAACACUGACCAUAAACCUCUUGAGGCGAUUUUCAAGAAGCGACUGUCCAGUUGCCCACCUAGAUUACAGAGGUUCUUGAUGAGAGCCCUGAAAUACGACGUUACGGUCAACUACGUAAAAGGUCCUGAUGUACCAAUAGCCGACGCUCUCUCAAGAGUCAGCCCCCAGCCUACCCCUAGCAGCAGUCAACUUUCAGAGAUAUAUGUCCACCACGUCACACAACAUCUCCCUGCAACUCCAACAAAGCUACAACAGAUCCGUGACGAAACAGGGAGGGAUCCUGUGUUGUCUCUGUUAAAAGAAAUGGUCUUUGAAGGAUGGCCACAGAAAAGAGAAGAGUGCCCCCAACUGCUACAUGGCUAUUGGAAUUUCAGAGAAGAGCUGACCAUCGAGGACGGCUUAGUACUAAAAGGAGACCGCAUCGUGAUACCUCCUACUCUCAGACCUGAAAUCCUGAACAUCAUACACCAAGGCCACCUAGGGCAAGAGAAAUGCCUUUUACGAGCACGUACAUCCGUUUUCUGGCCUGGAAUUACAAAGGAAAUCAUCAACCAAGUUAACCAGUGCGAACCCUGCCAGAAAUACCAAAAUAAAGCAAGGAAAGAGCCAAUACUACAGCCAGAACCGCCACACCGACCAUGGGAAAGACUCAGUUCGGACUUGUUCGAAUUUAGAGGGCAGCAAUACCUCCUGUUGACAGAUCAAUACAGCAGAUUUCCUGUCAUCAGGAGACUAACAAGCACCACGUCAUCUGCAGUUAUCAACCAUCUGAAGAGCAUCUUUGCAGAACACGGCAUCCCUACGCAGUUGACGACCGACAACGGACCGCAGUACAGUUCGGCAGAAUUCAAGCAUUUUAUGAACGUCUACGGGGUAGAACACAUUACUAGCUCCCCCCUAUACCCCCAAUCCAACGGGUUUGCUGAGCGAAUGGUCCAGACCGUGGAAAACAUUCUCCAAAAGUGCGAUGAAAAUAAAGAGGACCCGUACCUUGCUCUCCUAUCAUACCGGGCCACUCCCUUGGAUCACCAGCUGAAAUCCCCAGCAGAACUGCUCACCAACAGAAAAUUUAAAACUAGAUUACCAGCAUGCCAUAGAGUCCUCCUCAACCACUCUCACCAUGAGGUCAUGAAAAGUAAGCUCAUAGCCCGUCAGGAGAAACAAGCCCACUAUUACAACCAGCAUUUAGGACCACCCAAAAAGCCAUUCGAAGCUGACCAACCCAUCCGCACGUACAACCACCACUCACAAACCUGGGAACCUGGCAUUAUUGUAAAACCCGCCAAACAGCCAAGAUCUUACAUCAUCAGAUCCAGCAGUACAGGUACCACCUAUCGAAGAACACGGGCCCAACUGAAACCAGACACAACUGCAGUGAGGGGAACACAAUGCCAGCGGGUGGAAACCCCAGUAUACCAAGGUUCUGAGAUACCUCAGCAGACAACUAGUCUUGCCCCAGUCAGUCACACACAGACAUCGCACAAAAACGGUGCAGCCCCCAGACCAGGAUCUGGCGAAACAGUGCCACUGAACAACAUCCCCCAGGGACCCUCAGACAUAGCUGGAGGAUAUGUGACCAGAUCUGGGAGGACUGUGACACCUGCACAAAGGCUGGAUCUAUAA